AUGGAGGGCAAUGAGGAUGAUCCCUUUACCUGGGACGUCGAACAGCUGGUGCAUGAGCUAUGCACCGCUGAAAACCGGCCAUGGCAUCCGAAGCUCGUGAGCAAGAGACCCAACCCGGUGGCCCUCGCAAAUGCACUACGUGAGCAUGACAUCGACGGUGAAACGCUUCUUACCUACGAAGAUGUCAUGCCACCCCUCGAUGGUCUCCUCAGGGACCUCGGUGUCGUCAAGAUCGUCCACAAGAUGACGAUGGUCAAAGCUAUUAACCAUCUCAAGUCGAAUAGCCGUGGUUAUCGUCAGCAAAAGGCCGAAAUGGCGAAAGAGGAGGCAGACAGCCAAGAAAGCUCGCAGGAGGUGCAAAUGAACAGCAAACCGGAACGUGGAGCCCCGGAUGUUAGUGCUACGGAGCAUCCCUCAACGAUCACCACGGUCCAAGAUGUCCCAAUGCAGGCCAUCACGGAUCAAAAUGUAUUAGUCUCCGGUGUUGACGAUGCGGACAAACCGACGAGUGAACCUCCUCAGAAGAAGAGGAAGAUGGCGCCGACUUUGAUCACGACCGCUGUCACCGGAAUUGGCAACGCACCCAUCCGUACUGCAGCUGACGAUGUUGUUCUUUCCCGGAACCCUGUUACCGCAAAUGCAUGGCCUCCUACAUCCAGUGCGAUUCCCAGCAGAAGCCGUGGGAAGACACUACCAGUGGAAAAAGAGCUCAUCUCAAGAUACGGCACUGCGAGGGCUUACUUUGGACCCGAUGCGCUCAUUAUCGGCCGUGAAAUCCCCAAGUCGAGUCUUGUACCAAGUGGAAGCGCCGCAGAUGAAGAUGGCAGAAGUUUUCUCUUCAGUUCUAAGGAUUUUGUCCCUGCUGGACACAGUCGGCAAGUCCACCGAGCGUUACAACGACUUUUGCGCACGAACAGCCAGUCUCUGAGGUUGAUGCAGAACGGUGAAUCUCCUUUUGUGGAGCCUGAAGAGGAAGAUGAGGUUCUCCCUCUAUUUGGCGACUCCGACGUUGAUGACGGUUAUGACACGGAGACAAGGGACGCGAUCGAGGAUGAAGAAGAAGAGAGACACCAAGAAAUGAAACGCAAGUCUCAUCACUUGACGCCAGAUGAUGUUGAACGUGUAUUAGAGGAGGAGAUCCAGCGGAUAGAAGAUUCUUGGAAAGAGAGAAAGCUCCUCAAAAAAGAGUGGAAGGCCAAUACCCUCUGGAACAAGGCUCGCCGUCAUGGUCUGGUCCGACAAAUAGCGAGUGCUACGUCUCGGCUCGAGGCUCUCAAUAGCCGCAUAGACAAACUUUGUCGAGAGAUCAAGCGAGAUGAAUGGCCCACUGAAGAUCAGCUGCGCAGACAAGCACGGUGCCUUGAGUGUAGCGUGGAGGACCGGAAAGCUGAGAAGUGGCUUCUCGAAACCUUGCGAGGCCCCGAACCUAUCCGGCCGCUGACGAUGCCUAAGCCCCGGCCGAUGAGAGUUACAAGACCCGAUCUCUCUGACGAAGAUGGAGAGCUCAUCACCAGUGGCGACGAUGAAGACGAUUUUGUCGUUGACGACAUGAUGAGCAUUGCGGGUUCGCCCGUGCUGGUCGCGUCACGAUCAGCAAGCCUAAUGAAUCUGGACAACCCCAAAGAUGUCUCAACACGGGAAAGCAAGACUCCUCCGCGAUUGCGCAAGGACGAAUAUUCAGCCGAUGCUCUAAUCGACACGAAAUCCGACGAUGGCAUUAUCGAUUUGACAAUGGUCGACUCCGAACUUGAGACUGAGCUUGCGCUUCCUGAGAGGGAUAUCAUAUCUCUGGUCACGCCUGACACGCCAAAUGCUUGGGCAUUUGCAUCACCAGCUCCUGAAAGCGAUGAUAAUGAGCAGCCACCGCUAACCCAGGAACAGCUUGAGACUCCAUACGACCAGCCUGGAAAGAUUGGGGACAUUGCACCAAAGAUGUGGAGACUUCACGGAGACAACAAACGACUUCUGAUCUGUGUCAUAUCGCGGCUAGCCCUACGAUGGAGAGAGGCUUUCUUCCUCAUCAUCCAGGCCCUGACCCCCGCUGAUAUCUGGACUGACUUCGUAAUCACAGCCCUAGAAGACUCCCCUGGAAGUCAUGGCCCAGAGAGUGCGGUCGAGCUCGGCACCGUAAUUGCCCGCCUAUUCAGAGUCUUCGCACUCUGCAAGCCGGCGGCCGCCAAUACCAUCACCAGAAGGCUCAACAACAAAUUAAAGGUCAAGAAAAUAAAGGCAAAAGUAGAUCAGUUUGGAAAUUUCUGCGAUUUCGUGAAAACUGGUAUCCUACCCAACUUUUCAGAGGGCACCCGAGCCAGCGGCUCCGACCGGCGCGGAAGCGUUGAUGACAGACGCUCCUGGGCAGAUCACAGCGACGACGAUAUUGAAGAUUCUCUGUCUAAGAAACGGAAGACUUUGGUAGCGAUGGAUCAGACCGCCAAAGAUCUUCGCGAAAGCGACCGACGCCGGAGAGAAGAGCAGGAGCAGCGACGGAAAGAAUUGCGCAGGAAGCUAGCCGCAUCCGACACCAUUUCGAGCGACAAGUCACGUCUCAUUAUCAACGAAACCAAGGAAGAUGACGAAGGGCUGAUUUACGUUAACGGCGAAAUCGGCCAACGCAUCAAGGACCACCAGAUUGAAGGUGUUCGUUUCCUGUGGAAUCAGAUCGUCUACGACGCCAAAGUGCGGCAGGGAUGUCUUCUGGCUCACACUAUGGGACUCGGCAAGACCAUGCAGGUCAUCACUUUGCUUGUUGCUAUCGCCGAGGCCGCGCGAUCGAAAGAUGAAUCUAUUCGGUCACAGAUUCCAAAGGACCUGAGGCGGUCUAAGACUCUCGUACUAUGUCCGGCCUUGCUUGUGGACAACUGGAUGGAUGAGUUGUUGAUGUGGGCUCCUGAAGGGCUUCUCGGCCACUUCUACAAACUGGAAGCCGUCGUCAAUGUGCUGGAGCGGGCCCCCAUAAUCCGCGAUUGGGACAAAACCGGCGGCGUGAUGAUCAUUGGUUACGACAUGUUCAAGAGAUUGGCCGAUCCAUCAGGGGACGAGAUGCUCACGCCCGUGGAGGCCAAGUCGAUUGCGCAAAUCCUUACAGAAAGCCCUAACCUCGUUGUUGCGGAUGAGGCUCACAAAAUGAAGAACCCCGACUCGAAAAUAGCUUUGGCAGCCGCCAAGUUCAGAACUCAACGACGAAUCGCACUCACUGGUUCUCCCCUGGCAAACAACGUGAUAGAGUUCUAUUGCAUGAUCAACUGGGUUGCACCCAACUAUUUGGGUCCUCUAACAGAAUUCAAGGACUACUAUGCCGAACCAAUCCAGUCUGGUCUCUACGAGGACAGCACUGCAGGUCAAUAUCGAAAGGCAAAGAAACAACUUGCUGUGUUGGAGGCUACCGUAGCACCAAAGACGAACAGAGCAACAGUCAAAUCCUGUCUCAAAAAUGACCUUCCGCCAAAGAUGGAAUUCGUACUCACUGUACCUGUGACGCCGCUCCAGGCUAAGCUCUACGACACUUUUUCUGCCGCCCUCCAGAACGACGCGAACGUUCCAGGCAUCAAGACUCUUGGUGCCAACGUUAACUUUGGACUCAUCGUCAACCACCCUCGUUGUUGGCAAAGGAGACUUAUGGAUGAGCGUUUGGAACUGGAAAAGAAGGAGUCGACCAGCCUGACUCUGACCAGCACAAUCAUCAGUGAGGGCCUGAAAAUCUUGCAGCGAGAAAAGGAUGUGCCUGCGCCUGCCUUAUCGUGGAAGGUGCAGCUUCUUGUCGCCAUUCUGGACCAGUGCGAGAAGAUAAACGAGAAAGUUCUCAUCUUUUCACAAUCGAUCCCAACACUAGAUUACCUGGACAAUCUUUUCCGGCAACAGCGAAGAAAGGUUUCUCGGCUGGAUGGAACUACACCGAUCCAUCGAAGACAGCAACAAGUAAAGAACUUCAACAGUGGAGAUACUCAAUUGUAUCUCAUUUCAACAACAGCCGGAGGAGUCGGCCUCAACAUUCACGGCGCCAGUCGCGUAGUCAUAUUUGACUUCAAGUACAACCCCAUUCACGAGCAGCAAGCGGUCGGUCGAGCAUACCGCAUUGGUCAGCGAAGGCCGGUAUAUGUCUACAAGUUCAUAUCUGGUGGAACGUACGAACAGGCGCUUCACAACAGAGCUGUAUUCAAAACUCAAUUGGCAUCACGCGUUGUGGACAACGAAAACCCAAGACGAUGGUCUAAGAAGGAUAACGAAUACACGAAAUCCCGCGAAGAGCCCCCUCAGGAAGACCUCAGUCCAUUCGCUGGCAAGGACAUUGUUCUCGACAGCCUGUUGACCCACCCGGACAUGUCCCAGGGCAUCCGCUCGAUUGUCAUGACGGACACCUUUGAAGAAGAAGACACGUCCGAAAUCUUAACGCCUGAGGACUUGAAAGAUGUGAAGGACCAGGUCUAUAUGAACUCUAUCCGCAACACCGACCCAGAGAAGUAUCGCGAAAUGGAGCUGGCACGAAUUGCUAGACUUGGCGCUCCAGCCUUAGUUGGUGCAACAUCAUUUGUACCGCAAAUUGUCAACCAGGCAUUCGGUAUAGUCAAGAGCAGUGUCGCUCCAACAUCAAGACCACUCGAAACACCGAUUCCACUUCCAAACAUCCCUCAUGUGCCUACCGUCAAAGCAGGACAGGCAUCUAACCCACUGAAGGGUAUCAAGAACGUCUUGGCCGACCCAAUGAACCCGCCGCAGAUCACGCCUGUGCCUGCACCGAGUAUUGGUGCUCUUACAAGCAAGGUGGACGCUGCAGUGACACAACAGGCUGCCCCUUCUUCACAGCCAACCCAGCCUGCCAGUAUCGGUUCCAGUGUUCAAACUGCUGAGCAGCCGACUGAGCAGCCGACCGAGCAGAAAUCAGUAGAGUCUCGAGUAGCUCCCCCCAUGCCCAUGGCUGGUGCCAAUACCUUCUUCAGAUCUCCGCAGGCACAAGUCACUCUCCCGCCUGGAGAAAAUUCACUUUCAUCCCCUGCGGUGAAAAGGCCCAAGAGGCCCGGAAUUGAUUGGGAACAGCAUUUCAAGCAGAAAAUCCUCGAGUCACUCGAUACGAUAACGGACUCGGUGGUAUCUAAUGCGAUCAAAGAGGACAAGAACAUACUGUCUGAUCAAAUCGCAAGCUCGACAUGGCUCGUGAGAUUGGAAAUGAAGGAAGGAGACUUACCCAACUUAUCGCACAUGAAGAAACUGUGCACCUUGAUGGGAAAUUCCAGAUUUGCAGCCGCAGUCCUCACAGGGCAUUUCCCUCCGUCCCAGCUUGCGCACGCAUCAAUCGACGGACUCGAUAACCUCUUGAGCGAGUUGAUGGCGCUGGAGGAACACCAAUUCCGCGACAAACUCAAACUUGUUCAAGGCAUAACUGAGGAGCCUAAACACCCGCAGACAGUUUUCGACCUACCCAAACCCUUACCAAUGGUUCGCCGAACGAAUCCUUUCCGGGAAGACGACGACGAUUUGGAUUUGCUCAAGGAAGUCGCAGAAGCAAGGCGACAUCGUGCGCCUAGGCUUCCCACCUGGGCAAGCAAAGCUGUUGAGGAAGGGAAAUGGGGGGACCAGCGGCGGACACGGGAGUCCUCGUCAUCGGCAUCAGCACCAGCAUCAGCACCAGCAUCAGCAUCGGCAUCGGCAGCGCCAGGUUUGUGA